AUGGCCAUAUACCUCAGUUACGUGCAUCACGCUAUUCCACCACAUCAAGAUAAUGAGUACAUAGUGGCUACAGUCACUGACGGCAAGGGCAACUUCACCAUCAUUGCUGGGUACAUCCCACCGAAAGCUAAAUUUGACGAAGGCUACCUCACUGACAUUCUCAGCAAGAAAGAUUCAAGCUAUGCUAAAUUCUUGAUACAGCAGGAGCCAAAUAUACCAAAGCAGUUUGAAACACCAAAGUUGGCGGAUGUUCCACCUUGGACACUAACAUGCCCUACAAUAUCACUCAAUAUAGAUGGCAUACAGAAAAAAGCGUCAACUGCACAAACUGUAUUAAAGCAACUGACCCUCUCAUUAAUCAAUAUCAACCAUCGGUUCAGAACUCACAUUUACACUGACGGGUCAACAACUCAUCAAAGCUCAGCUGCCGGAGUAGUUAUACCCAUGGAACAAGUCGUGCUCAAAUUCAGACUAGGCCACCGCACCUCAUCAACUGUCUCGGAGCUGGUGGCCAUUAGGGAAAGCUUGAAAUAUAUAAUACGCACCGAACCACGAGCAUGGUCCGUUUUCACUGACUCAAAAGCUGCACUCCAGAGCAUGCAGCACUAUCUACGACGUGGAGCAAAUGAACAGCUGACAUUCACCGUAGUCAGCCUCUGCCAACAGGCCCAACAGGCUGGCCACCACAUUCACUUUCAAUGGAUCCCGAGCCAUUGUGGCGUCCCUGGUAAUGAGGCCGCUGACCAAGCAGCAAAGAGCGGUCACGACAACAUAUCUAGCAUUUCUGUUCCAUAUUCAAGAACUGACGCUGGUGCAACGGUUUUCUGGGUCGGAAAAAAGAUAGGUGCGGCCCUCUGGGCAAGCCCUUCUCACCACUAUCCACGACUUUAUAAUAUAGAUCCUGAACUUAAGUUCAGACCGCCC